AGCGGAGCCGCCUUAUUAAAGAGGAGCAGGCAGGACAAACAUCAACAUGGCCAGCUCAGCUUUGGAGUUGCUUGGCUUCUCCCUCAGCCUGCUGGGCCUGAUUGGGACACUAAUUGCCACCCUCCUGCCCCACUGGUGGCGGACGGCCCACGUGGGUGCCAACAUCGUCACGGCCGUGUCCUACACCAAGGGGCUGUGGAUGGAGUGCGCCUGGCACAGCACCGGCGCCUUCCAGUGCCGAUCCCACCGCUCCCAGCUGGCGCUGCCGCCCGACCUGCGGGCCGCCCGUGCCAUGAUGGUGCUGUCCUGCUCGCUGUCGGCGCUGGCCUGCGGGGUGGCCGUGCUGGGGAUGCGCUGCACCCGCUGCGCCGAGGGCAACCCCGCCAAGGCCUCCGGAGCCGCGUCCGGCGGCGCCGUGUUCGUGGUGGCCGGGCUGCUCUGCCUGGUGCCCGUGUCCUGGAGCACCAACGAGGUGGUUACGGAUUUCUACAGCCCCGUGCUUCCCGGUGGGAUGAAGUACGAGCCGGGCCAGGCGCUGUACCUGGGUUUCGCCUCGGCGGUGCUGACGGUGCUGGGGGGAGCGUUGCUGUGCCGGUGCCGUGGGGAUGGGGAUGGGGAGCCUUUCCAGCCCGGCAGCCUCCGGAUCGCUCCCUCCUCCAGGCCACCGGCUGCCUACAAGGGAAACCAUCCCUCUUCCCUGACAUCUGCUUCCCACGGCGGGUACAGGCUGAGCGACUACGUGUGAGUUCCCCGGGAGUGAGACGCGGCUGCUUUGGGAUCUCUGUGCGUGGCACCAAAUAAAGCUGAGAUAACUUUGGAUUU